AUGCCGAUACUGGGAGAGCUUUGGGGAGCUGCUCCAAGGGAGCGCAGCCACCGCUGGCACCAGGAGCUGCUGCUGAGGGGCUGGGGCAUCGGGGUUGCCGGUGACUUCUUCCCCUGCUGUCUUCACGCCCAUGCUUUGCGGGAGGUCAGGAAGCCGGUGACGCCAGACCUCCUGGUGAGUCCCACCAGCCAGGACGGGGAGCUGGGCUCCGAGUGCCCAGAAGACAGAGGGAACUGGACGGGGCGGCUGGAUUUCCUCCUUUCCUGCAUCGGAUACUGCGUGGGCCUCGGAAACGUCUGGAGGUUCCCCUACAGGGCUUACACCAAUGGAGGAGGUGCUUUCCUGGUUCCUUACUUCAUCAUGCUGGCCAUCUGUGGGAUCCCCAUCUUCUUCAUGGAGCUGUCGCUUGGCCAGUUCUCCAGCCUGGGGCCACUCGCUGUCUGGAAGAUAAGCCCUCUCUUUAAAGGCAUUGGCAUGGGCACGAUCCUCAUCGUCUCCCUGGUGGCCAUUUACUACAAUAUGAUCAUUGCUUAUGUUCUCUUCUACCUCUUUGCAUCCCUCACAAGCGACUUGCCCUGGCAGCACUGCGGCAACUGGUGGAACACCGACCUGUGCCUGGACCACCACAUCAUCAAGGCGGGGAACACCACCUUCCCCGUCAACAUCACCAACACCGUCAGCCCCAGUGAGGAGUACUGGAGCCGGUACGUCCUGCACAUCCAAGGGAGCUCCGGGAUUGGGAGUCCCGGGAGGAUCCGAUGGAACUUGUGUCUGUGCCUGCUCCUUUCUUGGACUAUCGUCUAUCUGUGCAUCCUAAAGGGAGUCAAAUCCUCUGGCAAGGUCGUGUACUUCACAGCCACCUUCCCGUACCUCAUCCUGGUGAUGCUGCUCAUCCGUGGCGUGACCCUGGAGGGGGCCUGGAAGGGGAUACGGUUUUACCUCACGCCCCAGUUUGAUCACUUGCUGUCUUCCAAGGUGUGGAUCGAAGCAGCCCUGCAGAUUUUCUACUCCCUUGGGGUAGGCUUUGGGGGCCUCCUCACCUUCGCCUCGUACAACACCUUCCAUCAGAAUAUCUACAGGGACACCUUCAUAGUGACCCUGGGCAACGCCAUCACCAGCAUCCUGGCAGGGUUUGCCAUCUUCUCCGUUCUGGGAUACAUGUCCCAGGAGCUCGGGGUCCCUGUUAACCAGGUGGCAAAAGCAGGUCCUGGCCUGGCUUUUGUGGUGUACCCCCAGGCCAUGACAAUGCUCCCCCUUUCUCCAUUCUGGUCUUUCCUGUUCUUCUUCAUGCUGUUAACCUUGGGUCUGGACAGCCAGUUUGCCUUUAUGGAGACCAUCGUUACAGCAGUGACAGACGAAUUUCCCUACUACCUACGGCCAAAGAAAGCUUCUUUCUCAGCUGUCAUCUGCAUUGCUCUCUUUCUGAUGGGACUUAUUCUCACAACAGAGGGUGGGAUGUACUGGCUGGUUCUGCUGGAUGACUACAGCGCUGGCUUUGGUCUCAUGGUGGUAGUGAUCACUACCUGCCUCGUGGUGACACGUGUCUAUGGCAUGAAGAGGUUCUGCCGAGACAUCCACAUGAUGCUGGGCUUCAAACCAGGGCCCUACUUUAGAGCCUGCUGGACGGUCCUCUCCCCAGCAACAAUGAUGGCUCUGCUGGUGUACAACAUUGUCAAGUACCAGCCCUCCAAGUACGGCAGCUACCGCUUCCCCGUGUGGGCCGAGGUCUUGGGCAUCCUCAUGGGAGUCCUCUCCUGCCUGAUGAUUCCUGUGGGCAUGGUGGUGGCCGUGCUCCGAGAAGAAGGGACACCGUGGGAGCGAGUCCAGCAAGCCAGCCGGCCCGCCAUGGACUGGGGCCCGUCGCUGGAGGAGAACCGGACCGGCAUGUACGUGGCGAGCCUGGCUGGCAGCCAGUCCCCCAAGCCUCUGAUGGUCCACAUGCGGAAAUACGGGGGCAUCACCAGCUACGAGAACACGGCCAUCGAGGUGGACCGGGAGAUGGAGGAGGAGGAGGAGGCGGAGUCCAUAAUGUGA